CAUGCGAGGCUACAAAUUAGAACGCAUGAUACAAUUAAAUAUAAAAUGCUAGAGCAAGACUAAAACUGGGAACACAGCGAGAAGCGUUUAAUGUACGAACCGACGGAUUCUCCCCUUAGGAUUGCAAGGUCGCUCGUUUCCGCUGCUCAGAUCUGUUCAACCCAUUUCCCUAUUCUUCGUAAUUUGUCAGCGCAUCGAAAAAUCUGCUAAAAAAAGUGUUCAAACUCGUCGGGAAAGGCCGAGUUUUGGCCAGAUCUUAGUUAGCUUCUGCUAUUGUUGUUUUUGUGAUUGUGUAGAUUAAUGGCCGCCACGGAGUGCGUGACAGAGAAACGGCCGAGGAAACGCGCGAGAUUGACUUGGGAUGUCGCCCCACUUGCUGAAGAGGCUCAGCCAGCACCGUGUAAUGGUGCCGCCCAGCCACGAGUGCGGUUUGAUAUAGAGCGUGCUCCUCCCCCACUCACUCCUUCAGUCAAGGCUUCUCACCGUGCCGCCUCUCCUCCUUGGCGUCCAGAUGACAAAGAUGGCCACUAUAUCUUCCAGCUCGGAGAAAAUCUCACUCCAAGAUACAAAAUACUCAGCAAAAUGGGGGAAGGGACCUUUGGACGUGUGUUAGAAUGUUGGGAUCGGGAAGCUAGAGAGUAUGUGGCUGUUAAGAUUGUUCGCAGCAUACAGAAAUAUCGUGAUGCGGCAAUGAUUGAAAUCGAUGUUCUUAAUGUUCUUUCAAAGCAUGAUAAAAGUAGUUCACGAUGUGUGGAUAUACGGAAUUGGUUUGACUUUCGGAAUCACAUUUGUAUUGUUUGUGAGAGGCUUGGACCAAGCUUAUUCGAUUUUCUACGCAAAAACAAAUAUCGCCCAUUUCCUGUUGAUCUAGUCCGGGAGUUUGGUCGACAACUUUUGGAAUCUGUUGCAUAUAUGCAUGAGUUGCACCUUAUUCACACUGACUUGAAGCCAGAAAAUAUACUUCUUGUUUCUUCAGAUUAUGUAAAGAUUCCAGAUUAUAAGAGAACUUCAGAAAAUGAAGUUUUUUUCAAGCGAUUACCAAAGUCAAGUGCAAUUAAGCUCAUCGAUUUUGGAAGUACGACAUAUGAAAGUAAGGACCAUAGUUCCAUUGUCUCCACAAGACAUUACCGGGCACCUGAAGUAAUUUUAGGUCUUGGAUGGACAUACCCUUGUGAUAUUUGGAGUGUUGGAUGCAUACUUGUGGAGCUUUGUUCUGGAGAAGCUUUAUUCCAGACACAUGAGAAUUUGGAACAUUUGGCCAUGAUGGAAAGGGUCUUGGGGCCAUUUCCUGAACAAAUGAUUAAGAAGGCAGAUCGUAGAGCUGAGAAGUACUUUAGACGGGGUACACGAUUAAACUGGCCUGAAGGAGCAGCUUCACGGGAGAGUAUAAGGGCAGUUCGGAAGUUGUUGGAUCUACCAAAUCUGGUAAUGCAGCAUGUAGAUCAUUCUGCUGGUGCUCUAAUAGACUUGCUUCAAGGUCUUUUAAAGUUUGAGCCUUCAGAACGGUUGACUGCUCGGGAAGCACUGAGUCAUCCAUUCUUUACUGAUGAUUAUUACAGAAGCUGGAAGCGGAGCUGCAGGUGUGCAAAUACUACAAGGACCAUCUCAAGCAGGGGAUAAGCUUAUGACUAUAUUAUAUAGAAAUACAACCAAUAGAAGGGGGGUAUCAGGAUAAGAUGAGGACCACAUAUGGGUUCUUAAGAGUGAACAAUCCUAAUGACUGAGUAUUAACCAGUAAUUGGCUUUCAAGGUAAUGGUUGUUGAGCACAUGAAACUAAUGAUAUUUUUUAUAAAAUUUAUUUCUUUGUAAGUUUGGCAUUUGUUAUCAAUUACCAAGAGUUGGAGAUUACAUUGGAAGUGCUAUAUGAUGUUACCAAGAAACUUAUUUUUAGCAGAGUUUCAAACCCAAUGCACUUUAUUGUUUAUUUUGAGCGUCUGUGCGCAAUUUUUAUUUAGAUGUCUUUAUUUUUGGGAAAUUUUGCAUAUUAUGUAGUAGUUAUUGUCUUACAGUUACUUUGUCACUUGCGUUGCCUAUUAUCAGAGUUUAACGAGGUAAACCAAAAAGUACACAAGCAUCUUUCUUGUUAAGGUAAGAUAUGGCGAAAUCAACCAGUGGACUUAGGUCUCUCUCCCAUGGAGAUUUAAGAUAGUAGGUGAGUCCAAAUAAUUUAUCAACCAUAGUAUCACUCUUGUGCAAAACUCUCCUAUAAUCUAGUUGCAGUACGGUUAAAUUUUGUAACGUAAGACUUCUGGCCAUUCUCCUAUAAUCUAGUUGCAGUACGGUUAAAUUUUGUAACGUAAGACUUCUGGCCAUUCUCCUAUAAUCAGUUGCAGUACGCUUUAAUUUUUAAACAUGGGACUUCUGGCCUAUAUCUAUCCGUAAUUUUCUGUUUGUGUAUUAGUCCACAGAGUUAUUAUAUUAUCAUUGAUAUAUUUUUAUAUGUGAAUUUGAACAGGGCAUAUUAUGUGCCCCCUUUUAAAGACCAAACUCUCAUGAGCAGUUUUUUUUUUAUCGACCACCUUAUGCUUAUUUGAUAACGAUCGAGGUCUGAGAUGACCCACAGAGCACAGAAUGAGCUAGAUUGAUAUUGUGAGAAAGAUAAUAUUGAAAAUUCUAAAAUUGAUAGAGAUCAAUAACAGCAAUUCAAAAGAAUCUUAUUAGUUAAGCACCAAAAGGUGAUCUGUAAGUGUUUGCCUUUGGAGAGUUUUACUAGAUGAUUUUCAUCACAAGGUUUGAGGAUAGCUUAGCUUGAAUUACUUUGUACUAUCCAUUGUUAGCUAAUGGAGUGUGUGUUUCUUCUGGUGUCAAUUUUUAUAUGCAUGUUUACCCUUCAGAAUUAAGUUGGAUUAUAAAACAGACAAAUUUCCAGUCCAUGGCAAUAGCUUGAAAUGUUUUUUCAAUUUGAAUUUGAAUCUUUUUUUUCCAUGGCUGUCUAUUUUCUUAAUCCUGAUGAUGAUGGAUCACGGAUUGUUAUUGGAAAUGUUGAUGGGAAGAAGUGCAUACAGUCAAAUCUGAAACAUUUUAAGGUACAACCUAAUUUAUCUUUAUUUAAUGUAGGUGAUGGUAUGAAAGGAUUCAGGUUUUGGAGGCCAAACAUAAUAGUACAUAAAAGUACAAUCAAGAAUAGAGUACUAAAAAUAUGUAGUUCGAAAUGUAAGACGUAAAGGAGGAUGUGUAAUUGAUUACGAAUUAGUAGAAGGAACAAAAAAGAAUAGCAUUAAACCUUAAUUAUGAGGACAUCGGUUCAAGUAAAAAGGAAAACCAAGAGUUCUUAUUUUUGUUUUUCUUUUGUUUAAUUUGCUAUUGAUC